GCGUGUCUCAUUCAUACUCGUGGUUUUGCAGUUGGUAUUGUGUGGGUAUGGUGGGUGCGGCGUUCGCGGGGUUUCAGAUUACGCGUCGUAACAUUUUAAGUUUGUAUGAGGCAUGUCUCGGCGUCUCGCACACAUCGAUGGCGAUAGACAUUUUAGUUGUUUGUCGUCCGCCAACCCGCACCCGUUCGGGCGUCUAGCCGUUAUCUGUACUAUUAUAUUUUGUUAUAAUAUUAUUAUAUUUACUAUUCUGAUAAUAAUUUAUAUAUUAUUAUACGUUGAUAAAAUGGAAUCCGCGUCGACCGAUGUAAUUAACGACAUUAUAAGCAAUGGCAUCCACAGUUAUUCUUACGAACAUAAAUUAGAGCUAAAAAAAAAAAGACCUACGCCCGUUUUGAAUUUGGACGUUAUGGACGGUAAAACACUUCGAAAGUUCCAGUUUUCAUGGUAUGCCAAGUAUGUCUGGCUUACCGGAAGUCAAACUAAAAAUAAAUUAUAUUGUUAUUUUUGUUUACUAUUCGGAGGAGAAAAAAAAUGGUGUGAUGAAGGUAUAACGGGGGUUAAAAACUUUGAUCGUACAGCAAGUAAACAUGCAAUUUCUGAAAAGCAUUUGCUUUGUCAAGAAAAAUUUCAGUUGCUUGGCCAAACUAGAAUUGAUCACAUUGCGUCAGAAGGAAAGCGUUUAGCGGCAUUGAAAUAUAAUAAACAAGUCGGAAAUAACCGUCGUAUAUUAUCACGUUUAAUUCAAGUUGUGUGCUAUUUGGGAAAGCAAGAAAUUCCUUUUUGUGGACACAAUUCAAGUGUAACGCCAAUAAAUAAAGGUAAUUAUUUAGAACUGUUGAAUCUACUAUCGCAAGAAGAACAAUUGAUUAAGGAUUAUUUAUCGUCAAACUCGAGUUUUAAAGGGUCAUCUCAUGAUAUUCAAAACGAUUUAAUAUUUUGUAUCACAGAAGUUGUAAAUAUGCAGAUUAUGAAUGAAUUGAAUAAAGUAAAAUUUGUUUCUGUUCAAGUCGAUGAAACUACAGACGUGUCAUGUAAAUCGCAAAUUAGUAUUAUUUUUAGAUACGUAAUUGAUAACAACAUUGAAGAAAGAUUUAUUGGAUUUUUUGACGUGUCGAUAGAUAAAACUGCUUUUGAAAUUUCAAAUAUUUUAUUAGAACAAAUAAAAAAAUGGAAUAUAGGCAAUAAAAUGUUAUGUCAAACUUAUGAUGGAGCUGCCGUUAUGGCAGGAAAAGUAAUAAGCGUACCAGCUAUUAUUAAAAACACUUACCCAAAUGCCAUAUUUAUACAUAGUUAUGCUCAUCAGCUGAAUUUAAUUUUUCUACAUGGAUCGAAAACAAUUAAGGAUGUCAGAUUAUUUAUAAGUGACCUAAAAAUGUUUUACACCUUUUUUAGCGAGUCACCAAAACGAAGUGAACUUUUACGAGUUAAGUGGUUUAAGCAACCUGAAAAUUGUGAUAUAAGAUGGAACUAUCAUUCUCGAGCAGCAGCUACAAUCAGUGCCAAUUUUACAGAAUUAAAAAAAGUAACAUUACGUGUUACGGAAGAGGAAGACUGGGAUCCAAUGUCUAUUUGUUUGGCCAAUGGAUUGUUUAACAAAUUAUCAAAUUUUAAGUUUGUUUAUUUAUUAUGCCUCUUUAAUAAAAUAUCUAUGUUUUCGGAUCAUGUAUUUUUAACUCUCCAAACAAAAUGUAUAGAAGAUGUACAAACUUGCAUAAAAGAAAUAAUAAAUAUGUCUACGCAGUUAACGUUUAUGAGAAAUGAAGAAACAAUUGUUACGUGUAGUAAAUUUGCAGUAGAAUUGAAUAGUGAACUUCAAUACUCAGACAAAGAUGUUCAGAACUUAAAAUAUUUAACAUACGAAAUAUUAGAUUCAAUUAUAAUACAAACCAAUGUUCGAUUUCAAGAUUUUGACCUCCUUCAAUUUAUAGAAAUAACAAAUAAUAAGGCAUUUAAAGAUUAUAAAAAAUGUUUUCCUGUUGAAAAGCUAAUACAACUUGAAAAUAAUUUCCCCUCUGUUUUUGAUCUGGAAAGACUAAAAAACGAAUUAACAAUUAUUUUUGAUGACCGUGGUAAAUAUCUCCCACCCAAGGAAUUGUUGAAUUAUAUUAUUAAAGCCGAUUUAAGAGAGGUAUACAAAGAACUGACCAAAUUGUUGCAGUUGAUAUUAUGCAUUCCUGUCACAACUGUUUCAAGUGAAAGGAAUAGUAGUGCACUAAAACGGAUAAAGACAUUCUUAAGGAAUACCAUGAAUCAUGAUCGACCAACAAACUUGUGUACUUUGGCUAUCGAGAAAAACAUUUUGGAUGAAUUAAUCAUUGAUCCAACAUUUAUUGACAGAGUCAUAGAUUUAUUUUCAAAUACUAAAAAUGGAAAUAUCGAUUUAAAAUAUAAAGUACUAUAAGUCGUGUUUUGUUGUGUCUUUAUAAGUUAUUAAUUAUGUUGAGUAUCUUGUAUAUUUUAUGCAUUUUUUAGAUUACUAUUAUACUAUUAUAAAAGACUAUAAUAGUAUUACAGUAGCAUAAUUAACUUACUAUACCUACUUAUUACUUACUGUAAACUAUUCUACACCAAAAAUGUGUUUUAAGUUUGGUUUUUGAAGAAAAUAUAAUGCUUUUGUUUGUAAUAUAUUUUGAGUACUGAGAUUUAUUACUGUUGAUAAUAUUAGUUUUAUUAGUGGAGGUUGAAUUUUUAUUUUUAAUUUGUCACCCACAAUUUGCCACCGCGAAUGAGUAUAAUUUAAAUGAAUAAUAUGAUUAAUUUUAUAACAGUAAAUAAUGUGAAACAUGCUUUCAAUGUUGACCACUACGCGAAAAAUGUUAUAAGAUAAAUUUAAUUUUGAAUUAGAUAUUGAUGGUAUGUAAAUGUGGAUCAUUAUUUCAAAUAUAAAUUUAAAUAUACUUAUAGCUUUUGGGUUAAAUUUAUAUUAUGUUUUUUAUAAUAAUAUUCAAUUAAAUGAAAUCUUACAAAUAUACAA